AUGAUAAGAAUGUCUUAUAUUAAUCAAGCAUCUUUUUGUGGUAAUUAUUCAUCUUUUGAUGAUCAAUACCCAAAUAAUUGUACUUUUAAUAAUUCGUCAAAUUUCAAAAACUAUGACUACUUUUAUGAGGGUAAUACUUGUAAUGGAUACCAAAAUACACCACAUAAUUAUUGUAUUCCAACACAAGAUGAUCCUGAUUAUUAUUCAAAUCAACAAUCACCCAUAAAUCUAGGUUAUCAAAACACCAAUGAUGUGUGUUAUGGUACCUCAUCAACACCAUCAUCAAAUUCUUCUUCUUCUUUUAUAUCACAAGGAACUCCUGAUUAUAAUAGUUUUACAUCAAAUAAUUCUGAUAAUACAAGCUUAAACAAUUAUUGUGAAUAUCCAGUUUAUCAAGAUUGUUCGAAUGAUCCUCCAAUCUCUGAUAUAUCAAAUAACAGUAAUAUUAAUAACUAUGAAUGUUGUGAUUCUAUAGGUCCAAGUAUAUCAAAUAUUUCUGACUACCAAAAUUAUCAAGAUUCUGGUGACAAUUUUAAUUGUACACAAAAUAGUCAAUUACCAAUACAAACUGGUAAUGAAUAUCCUGUAGAAUCUUAUCAAAGUCCUCUUUAUCAAAAUACUAGUGGUUAUUCUCAGAUGCAGAAUUUUUCUCAAAUAAAUACAUAUUGUCAAAAUCAAAUAGUACCUUUUCAGGAGACUUUACAAAAUUGUCCUGAAGAAAGUUGUCAAAAUAUUACAUCAAAUCAAGAUGUUAUUGAAGACAUAAAUAUGAUGAGAAUGGUUGACUAUCCAUCACAUAUUCAAAAACCAUUAACAGUUGAAAUAAGUAAUUUUAUAUUAUCUAAUAUAAAUUCAAUAUUUUUAAAUUUUACCAUUAGACUAUUGUCAAAUCCCAAAUAUCAAACAAUUUGUUUUUGGUCCAGAAUAUCAUGGGAAUUUAUAAUAGCUGAUCCAUUAGCAUUUACAAAAGUGUUUGCCGAUGAGUAUAAUUUAAAUAGAAAAUAUAUGACAUUUUCACAUGUCUCAAAGGCUUAUAAAAUAGUUGAAGCAUCAACAAUUUAUGGUCAACAUAUUAUAACACGUGUCAAGUCAAAAAGAAAUACUUGGAGAUUUUUUCCAGACCAUAAUAAAAUGGGUUUCCCAUCAUUAAGGAAUGCUGGUGGAUCGACAUUAGCUGGAACAAUAUUAAAUGCAGAAGAAAUGAAAUUUUUAACAAAACUUCGUAAAAAAUUAUCUAAAAUUCCAUGUAAUGAGGGAACACUAAAUACAAUGAUGAAUAAUGAUUAUCCUCCAAAUUGUGAAUAUUAUGAGACACCAAGAAUAAGAAGAUAUUGA